UGCGGACUGACUUGUUCAAAGGUGGACCAAGCCCACCCCAUGUCGUUUCAGACGCCUCAUGACUCAAUUAUACUCUCGCUCAAAUAGCUCGUCGGAUCCUUUCUCAAUCUCAAUUAACCAAACUCUAGCUUGCCCGCCGCACAUCUCCUCUCCUCUCCUUUUCCCCGUCCAAAGGCCGAUCUCGUCAUACAUUCAAUUCCCCGGCCGCCACUUCGACUUCAAACAUCCUCCCCCGUUAACCCCCUCGUUACUUCCCUCAUGGGCGCCUUUACCUCCGGUCGGCUUAGAUCUCGUUAAUUGGGAUGUAUGGUUUUUUAUAUGUCCAGUCAAUACUAACUAACAACCUGUGACCAUGCCUAUCUUUCAGGAUCCGGAUCGCCAGCGGUUCUAUGAUCUAUGGUCCGAUGACCACCCCCCGAUAAGAGAGGAUGAAUGCCAAAUUGAGAGACCCUCGUGGGCCCACCAUCAUGGGAAAACUCAACCUUUGGGGAGGGGCCUCGGAUUUUCUGAGCAGCUGCCCUUAUCAGAUCGCAGUCUGUCGGAUUUGCGUUCAAGCGACCGAGAGGAAUUGAUUCAUUACAUCAAGAACGCCGAUACCUCGGCUUGGGAACAUAGGCUGUUUGAAGACUUAGGUGCUGGUCACUAUGUCUCCUGCGCGCCUGACAAAGCAUCCGAGAUGAAAGCCGAAUUCGUCGAACGAGAUGUUCCUAGUGAUGGCUCUGGCACAACUGCUCAGGAAUCUGGCUCCCCGGCUGAUAUCCAACGCCCUCGGUCAGCGCUGCAUUCCGGCGACUUUCGAGAGGGAGCCAGUCAAGAUCAGCAACAAUUGCCGCCGGCACCGCUACACGGGCUUGAUGCCAGCUCACGUCUUCCCCUUCUAGGGUCUUCCCCAACGGCCCCUUGGUUUACACCCCCUGUUUUCGCACCAUCCUUGAGAACACAACCUACGGCAACCAACGUGUCGGAUGAAAACGCGAGGCCAACGUCCCGCUCCCGAACACCGUCGCUGGGAUCUUUCUCCUCCAGCUAUGUCCUAAAGGCUCCAACGAGUCCUCUUGUAUACCAGGCGAACAAUACCGACUUGGACUUUUCCACCAGAACCGAUCGAGCUGAGCAGCUUGAUUCUUUGGAGAAAGCCAGCCGUCGCCGCACGCUACCGCCAGAAUCUUUUCGGCAUCUUCCAUCGUCUCCCACUGCCCAUCGAGGAGCGUUUAACUUUCAGUCUGGCUAUUGUCCCGGAAGAUGGAAUGAGACACUUCCAUUCCAAACUUCUAUUUCUCGCCGGUCUUUCACAUCUGCGUAUAGCCUUCAGUUAGCGUCGUCGGUGCAGACUCCAUCCCCUAGAACCAGGAGGCCCUCUCUAGCUUCUGAAAAGUCGUCUAGACCACAUGCACCAUUGGUUGGCUCCUACGAGGAAUCGAUUCUGCGCGGUAGAAUGUCGAUGAAUCCAUCCAAGCCGCUGGAUUUCACAGCGCAGAUUGGUGUUUUAGGGAAAGGCAAAUGUAAAGCCAAUCUCAAGUGUCCGCCUCACGUUACCAUUCCGUUUCCGGCCGUUUUUUACAGCUAUCCAACCUCAGGAAGAGGUCGCUCAAUCUCGGAUGAUAAUCCUAGUCCUUACGUUGGCUUAAUCGACCUUGAGAACUCUCUUCCUAAGGACGCAUCAGCUACGAGUCGACGCCGCAGAUACCACCAGAGCCCUGCGGGUGGUUGCGAUGACAUGGCCGAUAAUGCUCCACCACCCAGGUCUAACGACCAAGAUGCGCUCCGCAGACGAGAGAAAAGACACAGGAGGACUGAGUCGCCAAAAUGUCCACCUGGAGGUUGCUAUCGAAUACCUCAACAGGGCCAGCUUCAGGUUAUGAUUAAAAACCCGAACAAAACAGCCGUGAAGUUAUUUCUGAUCCCAUACGAUCUCAGUGAUAUGGAACCCGGGACCAAGACGUUCAUUCGGCAGAGAAGUUAUUCUGCGGGGCCUGUCAUUGAUAUGCCUCUCACUGUACGAAGGAACUUUGGGACAGAUCGCCCAGAGGCGUCCUUGUGCGUAUCCGAAGACCCGAAGGACAAGCCCAUUCUGAGGUAUCUGAUUCAUUUGAAUAUAUGCUGUCCUUCCAAAGGCCGCUUCUAUCUCCACUCAAGCAUCCGUAUUGUAUUUGCUAAUCGAGUUCCCGAUGGCAAAGAGAGGCUCCGGAAUGAGAUCCAGCAUCCGGAACCCCGGUAUACACCUUAUAAGCCUCCUCGUGAUGCCGGCCAUACACAUAUGAGCACGAAGCUACCAAUGGAGAGAGGAUCCCUACGACCGGCUGCUGGCCGAGGUUCUGUUCUAGCUUCAUAUCCCGACCUCCCCUCCCCAGAUUGUCAUCAGGCACAAGUACCGAUCAGUGGACAACAAGCCUUUUCUAGUAAUUCGAAGGAUGCCCGCCCGCUGCAGCGAGCUCCCCAUCCUUUCCGACCCAUCCCGUCUCUAAGGGAAGAAGCGCUUCCUAUACCGGAUCAAGAGGCGGUCGAAAGCUAUUGGACUGAUAACGGAACGUAUACUAAACUCAACAAAGGAGACCUUGGAUAUGGUGGCUAUCCAUUCAAUCCUAUAAGCGGUUCUGAAGCCAGCGAAAGCCUACUUGCCAAACGGCUGAGAGGGCUAGAUGUACAGAAGCAUAACUCAUCAGGCAUCAGUUAAAGUGAGCCAAGAAAAUGCAUCGAAGCCGCCCAUCCAGAAGGAUUUCCUGGGCCACUGCAUAUUUUCAUCAGUAUAAACUGUUCAACUUAGCUUUUUUUUUUUACCGUUGACUUGUUACCAUUGUGCAGGACACACCCUGUCGAACUGACGUUCAUAGUGCAGGUUCAUCUUCUAGACAUGAUUUUAAUCGCCUUCCGCUUUCGACACCAACUCAAGUGGACCAACUAAGGGCGCAGGACAUACAUACAAUAAUACCCCAAAGUACUCUUUUUUUCAUGGCGUCGACAAUGCCCUGGAGUCUAGGAAGUCUCCUCUCUUCUUACUGAUAUGUUUCAUUUGUCAAGGCGUACAGAGUUCAGUUCGAGUACCGUUUUGAAGAUUCUCUCUUCUGUCUAUCCGGUACCCGGUGGUUUGUUAACCUGUUCUAUUUUGGACUUGUGGGAAUUUGGAUACUUAGCUUAAAUAUACGGUUAAACGGUGAAUAGCACAGACACAUAUACGUUAAUAAGAAUCAUUGUUAUAAA